AUGGCCGCUUUCCACGGCGCAUGCGUCGUGCUUACAAUAUGUGCACUUAUUCAGAAUGCAUUGAAAAACUUAUUGGAGCCUCCGUCUGUCUGUUUCCAGGUCUCAUACCUGCCUCACAACCACCCGUGCUGCCUGCAGCCGGCAGAGAACAUCACGCUGGCGAUGAUCAUUGACGCGUUCGAGAUCUACGGCCACGACCCCACCGACAAGCUCGACUACUUCUGGAUGUACCAACAGGAAAUGGUCAUGGUCAAGACUGCUGAGGAUCAGUAUAUGAUCAACGAGCACGUCCACAUAGCAACAGACCAUCUGGCAAGAUUUGUAAACCUACAUAUCAAAGAGUUAAAGAUCCUGCUGAUAACCCUGGACGAUGUGCUGGACAACAUGCUGACGAUGUACGAGAACCACAACUCGAUCGCGGCGGAGAGGAAGGCCACGCUCACCGGCGGCCCCGUGCCCAUGGAGUUCUAUGUGAGCCAGGAAUACUACUGCGGCAAGAAUGUCUACCUCUUCGUAUCAGAAUCGUACAGCGACAUCUACAACAUGGGCCGAGGCCCCGCCCCCCACUGCCGGGAGCGCACCUUCGUGUUCCUGGGCUUCCUGCAUCAGCAGGAUGAUACCAAGUACUACCUGCAGGACGACCCGAGCAUCGCCUUCCCGAUGGAUAAUUAUAUGCACGGGCUUGAGUGUCAUUUGGCCGUUUGUAUAUUUAGGUUCCCCUUCAAGAAGCUGAUCCAGAGAGCGCGAGACGUGGUGACGCUUCCCAAAGCCACGGUGAAGUGCGGGCUGGUCAUGUACAAGCUGCCGCCGCUGACGUCUGUCUCGUGUGUCGUGACGUCAGGGUCCUUCAUCCUGGACUUCAACAUACAGGGGCUGAGAUACCGGCAUCACGACUUUUUGCUGACAACUCCGAACGGGGUAACAUACUACACUAAAGAGAAAGGAAGCCCACUGAGCUGUGAUCAUCAUGUGUGCGAGUGGAAUUAUUUCAACCGGUUCGGUGGACCAUUCCUGAUACCAGGCGACCCCGGCGAGACCGUCGCCCCGAUACCUCCCUACUUGGAGACCACCACCAAGUGUGAGAGAGCGCCUUCCACUGACAACAAUCUCAACAUCACCGAGCCGUACAUCCUGGACGGGUGCCUGUUCAUCUACCCUCCGAACUACGGCUCCAUAGCCGGCAAGAGCUACCUGGACAGCAUCGAGAUGCACGGCCAUAGGUUCACGUGCGCGUCUGGCGGUAGCAAGGGGGGUCUCUACUGGUACCCGCAGUGGAUGGGCACGCCCCCGCACCACCCGUACCCCAGUAUGGACUCCAAGCCAGAGUUCAGCAUGGCCGCGGGAGGCCCCUAUAUCUACCCUCACCAGAUGGCGCAGAUGCAACCUUAAAGAAGGAUUCUUUUUCAAUAAAUUUGAUUUUUAAAU